UUUAUCUUGCAGGCAGCAGAGGAGAUGGCAGCCUCGCUGGAAACGCGUGGGGGAGCCUGAGCCUGCGGCCCGAGACGCACGGCGCGCCGCUCCAUCGCCACGCCGCCGCGCAGACCCUCCAUCUUCCUGCUCAGCCUCCCGGCCCUGCUCGCCCCUGCCUAGGGGGCCCGGCUUCUCUCUAGGGCUCCUGCCCGCCCCUACCCCCGGCCCUCCGCGGCUCCCCUGCCCGGUCCCCCUCCCCCGGCACACACGCUGACACGCGCGCGCGCGAGCACACACACACACACACACUCACACACACUGACACGCCAGCGAGCUGCUGGCCGCUCAAUGGACCGAUUUCCCCGCUUUUCCUGAUCCCAACCCAGCCCGGGAUGAGAAACUGCAAAAUGGCCCGGGUCGCCAGUGUGCUGGGGCUGGUCAUGCUCAGCGUCGCCCUGCUGAUUUUAUCGCUCAUCAGCUACGUGUCCCUGAAAAAGGAGAACAUUUUCACCACUCCCAAGUACGCCAACCCGGGGGCGCCCCGAAUGUACAUGUUCCACGCGGGAUUCCGGUCACAAUUUGCGCUGAAGCUUCUAGAUCCGUCAUUUGUGCCCUUUCCGCAUUCUCUGACUCACGAACUCCAAGCCAGACCUAAGUGGACAUUUAAUCGGACAGCGUUUUUACAUCAAAGGCAAGAAAUUCUUCAGCAUGUCGAUGUAAUAAAAAAUUUUUCUUUGACCAAGAAUAGUGUUCGGAUUGGACAACUGAUGCACUAUGAUUAUUCCAGCCAUAAAUAUGUUUUCUCCAUUAGCAAUAACUUCCGAUCACUGCUUCCAGAUGUGUCACCCAUUGUGAAUAAGCAUUAUAAUAUUUGUGCUGUGGUUGGAAAUAGUGGGAUCCUGACAGGGAGCCGGUGUGGACAAGAAAUAGAUAAGUCAGAUUUUGUUUUCCGUUGCAAUUUUGCCCCUACGGAGGCUUUCCAAAGAGAUGUUGGAAGGAAAACCAACCUUACCACCUUCAACCCCAGCAUCCUGGAAAAAUAUUACAACAAUCUUUUGACCAUUCAGGACCGUAACAACUUUUUUCUCAGUUUAAAAAAGCUCGAUGGGGCCAUUCUUUGGAUCCCUGCGUUUUUCUUCCACACUUCAGCAACUGUUACCAGGACAUUAGUUGACUUUUUUGUUGAACACAGAGGUCAGUUAAAGGUCCAAUUGGCCUGGCCUGGAAAUAUAAUGCAACAUGUCAACAGGUACUGGAAAAACAAACAUUUGUCACCCAAACGGCUGAGCACAGGUAUUCUUAUGUACACCCUUGCAUCAGCAAUAUGUGAAGAGAUCCACUUGUAUGGAUUUUGGCCUUUUGGAUUUGACCCCAACACAAGGGAAGACCUUCCGUACCAUUACUAUGACAAAAAAGGAACCAAAUUUACCACCAAGUGGCAGGAGUCCCACCAGCUGCCUGCUGAGUUUCAGCUGCUGUACCGAAUGCACGGGGAAGGGCUCACCAAGCUCACUCUGUCGCGCUGUGCCUAAGAACUCAGGACAGAAAGUGCCAAACGGCUGAUUUAAAAGUGCCCCAAGUCACGCUGAAUAGUCAUCAGAAUAGAACCCUAGAGAAUUUCUUAUAAGGACUGUCUGCCAUUUAAGAGGAAAGAUGUCUGCUCCCCCCCUUUUGCACUGCUCUUUUAAGGGUCUUAGCAGGACAGAUGCUUUGAAACCACCUAAUUUAAAACUCGAUUGAUAAAGGGAAUGUUGCAUUUGGAAGUAUGCUGCUCAAGAAAUGGUCUAAAGUAUUUUCAUGUUUGUAUUUUAAUAAUAAACUGCCUCCCAUUUUUUUAUGAGGAUCAGAGCUGUAGUUUCUGCAGCUUUGCUCAGAUAGUCCUCGUAAUCAGAGGCUGCUGGCCAACUGGGGCAGGAUUUCAGUUCUGCCUGGGUGGGAUCAGACUGUUCAAAACGAAAACAAAAAACUGGUUUGCAUAUAUCAUAUUUCUCUCUCUCUCUCUCUGUACCCACCCCCCCACCUCCUUCCCUCCCUUUUCCUCUCUCUUUCUCUCUCUCUCUCUCUUUUUCUCCAACAACUCCCCUGGCGCCACCACUGUGGAGUUUACUAUUCUGCUAGGAAUCAUAUUGAAAUCACUUUGCUUGUAUAUGUCUUGCAUCUGUACUUAGUACGUUCAAGGCUCUGGGUAACAUUGAGGUUUCAUGACAAACUGAGCAAAUCAUGUUGGAUCUUUGAUUACUUUUAUAAGAAAUGCCUCUUAGGAAGUUCUCACUAUUCCAUGCAGUCAUUCUACAGCAGAGUGGUCCUUCUGUGUUGAGAGGCAUAGCAGUGCAUCUUUCCCUGGUACUAAGAAAGCCUAUGUCAUGGGUGGCAUCACAUCUCUUGACAUGAGUGCCAAUAUGGCAAGUCAUUCUGUUGCCACAUCUACAGGGGCAUUCCAACCUGGGUUUAGUGCCUCCCACAAUCCCAACCCAAGCCCUGGGCUGGGAAUUCUCUCAGAAUAUAGAGGCAAAGAGUCUACUUAAGAGCCUGGAACAUAUAGAGGAAAAGGAGGAAGAAUACUUAGAAGAUGUUAUAAUCUCAUAUCCCUUAAAGCAUUGUAACUAUGAUCAGGCCUCUGAGAACUAGCAGGGGUCAAGCAGAGCAAAAGCUCUGAGGUUGGCCAGGCCAGGCCCCUGUGUGACCAGUGCUGAGGUGAGGUCAUCUCAAGUAUCACUGUGUCCAUCAGCACUGCUCCAGAACUUCAAGACAAUUGUAGACACCAGAUAUUCCCUCUUUCCACUGAAAUCAGGUCUACAAAUUAAUACAUCUACAAAUUAAGCAUUUAAAAGGAAAAGCCACUGUGUAGUGGCAAGACUGGUACUAAAUAAACCCUUAGAAUUUGAGAGGUAUUCUUAUAGCUGCACAGGGACCCACUGCAGAGGGAGUCACAGGCUGUUCUCUUUUCCGUUAUUUCAGCCUUAGGAGUAGAAAUCACAUCACUCCUGUCCCCCAUUGUUCACUGCGUAGCACUGUGUUCUUCCAGUUCAGCCCGAAGUCUGGCCAAGUUGAUGUUAAAUUUUAAUAAGAGUUUCUUUCUCCUUUCCAAAUGCCAGUCAAGCACAUUUAUAAUACAUUUGGGUGUGGUAGCUUGUUGUUUUUUUUUUUUUUCCAGAAAU